CACACUGCACUAAUAAUAUUCACCAUGGAUUUCGCCUUGCCUCCCUUGUCUCUUUGUUAGGUUAUUUUAGACAGAGCAGCCUCGCCCUGGCGCAGUCCGAUUGGCUCUGCGAGAAGGCAGGGAAACAGAGGGCAGAGUGUACCUGCCUGCGUGGGCAGGUGUGCCCAGGCGCUUGAGUGUACGUGCAUUGGCAAGUGUGCAGGCGUUCGUCCGGAAUUGUGUAGGAAUUGGGGAUCUCAGUUCCUGGCCCUGGCCUCGCCGCGUCAUUGAUGGGCAACCAACUGGACCGCAUCACCCACCUCAACUACAGCGAGUUGCCCACUGGGGACCCAUCUGGGAUUGAGAAGGACGAGCUGCGAGUCGGGGUUGCCUACUUUUUCUCCGAUGAGGAGGAGGACCUGGACGAACGCGGGCAGCAGGACAAGUUUGGUGUGAAGGGCCCCCCAGGUUGCAGCCCCUGUCCAGAGAGCCCCAGUCGCCACCACCACCACCUGCUGCACCAGCUAGUCCUCAACGAGACUCAGUUCUCCGCCUUCCGGGGCCAGGAAUGCAUCUUUUCCAAAGUGACCGGCGGCCCUCAGGGCGCCGACUUAAGUGUCUACGCGGUCACCGCGCUGCCAGCGAUCUGCGAGCCGGGCGACCUGCUGGAGCUGCUGUGGCUACAGCCAGCGAGCGAGCAGCCCGCGCCAGCCCCUCACUGGGCCGUCUACGUGGGAGGCGGGCAGAUCAUCCACCUGCACCAAGGCGAGAUCCGCCAGGACAGCCUGUACCAGGCGGGCGCGGCCAACGUGGGCCGGGUGGUGAAUAGCUGGUACCGCUACCGCCCGCUGGUGGCCGAGCUGGUGGUACAGAACGCCUGCGGCCACCUGGGCCUCAAGAGCGAGGAGAUCUGCUGGACAAACUCCGAGAGCUUCGCUGCCUGGUGCCGCUUUGGAAAGCGCGAGUUCAAGGCUGGCGGGGAGGUUCCCGCAGGCACGCAGCCUCCUCAGCAGCAGUAUUAUCUCAAGGUACAUCUGGAGGAGAAUAAAGUCCACACGGCCCGGUUCCACAGUCUGGAGGACCUCAUCCGCGAGAAGCGCCGCAUAGACGCCAGUGGUCGCCUGCGAGUGUUGCAGGAGCUUGAGGACUUCGUGGACGACAAGGAGUAGCCUCAGAAAGGCAGCCGGUGCGCCGGUUCCCAUGCCCGGAACUCCCUUCCAGUU